UACAGACAUGACACGUGAGAACCACCGGAGUAAUAAAGGAAUCUUAAUAUUGACAACGUUAACUCUAAUAUCCUCUAUUAAAAUGAUGAUAUGAUAGGAAUACAUUUUUGUCAAGUUCGCAUGACUUUAGUGACGUUUUCCUUUCUGUCAUGAUUGAAAACGAGGAUGUUUUGCAUUUGACCUCCGCAAUAAGAGUGUUCUGGAUCGUUGUUCAAAAAAUUUCACAAUUUGGGUAAAAUUGUAAUCUGAUGGUAUUCGUUUCAAGAUCAAAUAUUUUUAACAUGAAUCUCGGUAUGACAAUUAGAACAAGAGUGAAUCUGUUUCGAGGUAAGGCGACUCUCUCCCACUGUAGAAGACUAUCAGACAAUGUUCCCAUUUCAUCGGAUCAAAUUCAGUCCAGCACAUCUCAGCAGCACAGGACCACCCGGAGAGCACAUGUUCUUCUCUUCCCAGGACAGGGCAGUCAGUUCGUCGGCAUGGGAAGAGGACUUUUGAAGUAUGGGAAUGUCAAGGAGAUGUUUUCUGUAGCACAGAAGCUUCUGGGUUAUGAUCUGCUGUCUCUGUGCUUAAAUGGACCCGAGGAAGAUCUGAUGAAGACUGUUCAUUGCCAGCCAGCUGUGUUUGUCUGCUCACUGGCUGCUGUGGAAAGACUCAACCACGAAAAUCCUGCUGCUAUUGAGAGCUGUGUGGCUGCUGCAGGUUUCAGUGUUGGGGAAUUUGCUGCUUUGGUCUUCUCUGGUGCAAUGGAUUUUGUUGAAGCUCUGUUUGCUGUAAAAGUGAGGGCAGAGGCAAUGCAGAAGGCCUCCGACCAAGUACAGAGUGGCAUGCUGUCUGUGGUUGGCCGACCCCAGGCCAACUACAAAUAUGCCUGCCUCCAAGCUAGAGAGCACUGUUUGUCUUUAGGUAUCCAAGAGCCUGUGUGCGCCAUUGCAAACUACCUCUUUCCAGAUGGCAGGGUAAUAGCUGGCCACAAAGAGGCUUUGGAAUUCCUUCAAAAGAACUCUAGAGAGCUGCACUUCAUGAGAACUCGACUGCUGCCAGUUAGCGGGGCCUUUCACACCCCACUGAUGGAGCCGGCGGAGGAACCCCUGAGAGACAUCCUGAGAAAGAUAGAGGUACGGCGCCCUGAGAUCGCUGUACACUCAAAUGUGGAUGGAAAGCGUUACAUGCAUGACAAGCACGUUCGGAAACAGCUGGCCAAACAGCUUGUGUCUCCAGUGAAAUGGGAGCAGACGCUGCAUGAGAUUUAUGAAAGAGCCCAGGGGCAGGAUUUUCCUCACACCUAUGAGGUGGGGCCUGGAAAACAGUUGGGCUCAAUGCUACAGAAAUGCAACAUGAAGGCUUUUAAGAACUAUACACAUGUAGAUGUUGUUCUGCCAGAAGAAUAAUCAAUGUUAUGUUGUAA